AUGACAAACGACAAAGAUUUAGCGGAGCGACUUGCGCGCCUCCAAGUUACGAAUUUCAGUGCGCAGACAAACGUUUCUGAUCAGGAGUUGGAGGAGCGUUUCAGUAGGUUGCUUGGGCGAAGACCAACUGCCUCGGCUCCCGUCUCAUACUCGCCUAGCGAACUUGAUGCACAUGAAAUUGAAAAUCUGCUGGGAACGGAAGAUGGAGACGAUGUAGAUUAUUAUGACUUUGACUUUUUGAAUAAUGAUGGGUUGACUCAGCAGAUCGAUCAAAGCAAUGUCUUGUCUCUGUAUCAACAAGUACAAACGGAAGUCCGCUUAGAGAGAGAGUAUGCUGCUCAAAUGAGGGAUACCGAUGACGACUUGGCCGAGCGACUGAGAAAGUUGACGGAAGGUCCGCAGUUUCCUACGACAACGUCCACGUCAAACACAUCGUCAGAUUUGCUAGGGCCUCCGCCAAACCCGAUAGAUUUAUCAGAUUUUCAGACAGACCCCAAUGACGACCCUGACACUUGGUGUUGUAUAUGCAAUGAGGAUGCAACUAUAAAAUGUCAUGGCUGCGAGGGCGAUCUAUACUGUAAUGAAUGCUUUCGCGAAGGCCACAACAGCACCAGCGCAGACUACGAAAUGAAGCAACAUAAAUAUGAGAAAUAUCAAAGAAAGCAAUACACUACUUGA